AUGGUUUCUGUUUUGAACUUUUUCGUCCUGUUGAUUGUCUUUUUCCUGGGCUUUUCCCUCGCAUCUGUGUCAGAGAAUGAAAAUUACGGUCGGAAACCCAGGUAUGAGACUUUAAGACUAAAACACAUAGUACAGGAAUUGUCCAACGCUGGAAAUGAUAAACGUCAUGUCCGUCGCACUACCAGCAACAAAUCUGGCCGUCACUUUUGCGCUACCUCGACUAAGCGACCCCAACGCAAAGAUGAGUUUCGUUUUGCAAGACUCGCUGACGACUUGUCCAAGAAAUCUGAACACCGACGGGAGCAGCGAGACGUGCCCUCAACGGGCUCAGCUGUAUACUUCACCGGGAAUGCAGACGCUCUACGAUACCAAUUAUCGCAAGACCAAAUUCAGUUUCCUAGGAUGGAGUUCUCGGUUGCACUCUGGGUGAAACCAGCUGGCGGACAGAAGAGCCCUGCUGUUAUAAUUGGUUUACUGGACACUUGUCGAGGUAAUGGUCAUCACUGGACUUGGUCUCUUGGCAUCAGUACUGACCAAGAUAAACCGAGAGAAGACGCACGGUACUUUUUCUCAGUUACAACAGAUCGCUCCCCCUUUUCUAGUACUAUGAAAGGUACGAGCAGAUACGAAGAGGAAAUGUGGACACACUUAGCAGCAUCAUACAAUGGCAGAAGCUUGAAUCUUUACGUCAAUGGUGCCAAGGUAGCCGCAGGCAUAAGCACAGGAGGGCCAAUGUUCAGUGAAGUUAUGCGUGAAUGUAAACAACUAAUGAUCGGGGGAAGCAGCAAUGAUGAAAACGGAUUUCGUGGAGCCCUUGAUCAAAUCACUAUUUUGCCUAAAGCUCGUUCUCAUCGACAACUUAGAUAUAACCAAUUCCCAGAUCCAAGUUCGCUUGUCCAAAGUAGUAUCGUCAUUCAGGAAAAUUUUGAUGGCGAAUGGUUGAAUUGGAAGGCAGUAGCUGAGAAUGAACCGUUGGCAGUUUCAUCUGGUGUCCCUUCUAAGCUUAGUGGCUUGGAUGCUAACUUAAAGAUACCAUCGUGUGGUAUAACGGUCUGUGACCAUCCUGUUGUUGCUAAGAGCUACAUUAAUCAACCAGAGCUCCAAACUCACAAAACAAUCAAAUAUAGGGCCAUCACGAUGGCAGAAAACGAUGGGAUUAAACCCAUCAUUGAUACAGAAUCCAUAUUUCGUAAACAUAACAUGAUAAGGGAAGCUUUCAGUCCCCAUAACAUCUCGUGGAAUUUGACAGCAUUUGUAUGGAGGAACACUUCACUAAGGUAUCGCACGGUCCUUGCUAUUUGUGAUACUAAUAAUAUCGGAGAUGGAUAUUGUGAUGAAGAAUGUUACCAUGAGCUGACUGGUUAUGAUGGUGGAGAUUGUAUCGAUGAAUUGGAAAGGGAGCAGUGUUUGGAUGAGCAACUAGGAAAUGGUGUAUGUGAAAGUUCAUGCAAUACAGCGCACAAUGAAUAUGAUGGAGGAGACUGCUGUAACCCAAUUGUAACUAAUGUUACAGCCACCUGCUUUGAUCCAAGCUCUUCAAACAGGAAUUACCUGACAGUUGGUGAGCUUAAAGGUACAUUCGCCAUGGAAUCGGACUCGCAUCUCAAUGUGUUCUUUGUCAACUUUGAUGAUCCAACUAUCGAAGGCGUGGCUACUUUACCUUGGGAAAUGGACGUGCCUGGACAGUUCGGUGGAACUGUGCUACAAGGAGAUAUAAGCAAAUCCGAUUUCCCCUCAGAAACCAUUGUCCAUGAGCUGGGGCAUAAUCUCGGUUUAUUGCAUGUACAUCAAGACAUGGAAUGUGGAAACAAAUGCAGAGAAAGGACAUCAUCUAGUGUAUUGGGUGAUCUGGUUGAAGAUACUUACCCUACGCCAGAAAAUAGAUUUUGCAGGGAUCCAAGGCCAUGCGACACAGAAACGUGCUUAGGCGACACCGAAUUCGAAGACACUCCUUACAAAAAUUUCAUGAGUUAUGCGGAUGCGGAAUGUACUGACCACUUCACGGCACAUCAGAGUGCUCGCAUGCACUGCUACAUCGAUCUGACUUACCAAGCCUGGCUCCAACAAGAGACUACACCUCUGUCAUCUGUUGGUACACCACUUGGUCUUCGGGUUGUUUCAGAGCGACCUCACUCGACCACCAUCUCCUGGUUUCCACCAGUAUCUCAAUAUGCAAAAUAUUCCCAGGACGAGGCUUGUUUUGGAUGUUCAGAGGGGCAUCGUUUGGUGCAGUAUGCAAGCUCAGCUAAUUUCUUCCCAGCGUCCAGGGUGUAUUCAUUGUAUUACUCUCCUGAUGAAGCAAUAGGUCCACCCAAUGCUGGUGUGACGUGUGCUCCUACUCAAAAUUCCUGGAUGCCAGUGCAUAGAAAGGCUUUAUGUGACAAUUGUUAUCUCGAGCUUGGAUUCAAAACCGCCGUCCCUCCGUAUGAAUUAAUUCUUUGGACCAAUUACCUCCAAACCGAAAUGGCCGUACGAAAUUUGGAGUUGGUGUUCAGAGAUGGUAGCUUCGAAUCCCUAGGACCCAUACAGGCAUUUUGUGAUAUGCCAUUCACUGUACGUCUGACACACAUCAGCAGGAAAGUCCAAGCCAUCCGUGUCUAUCCAAAUGAACCCUAUUUCAGCUUGGAUGCCGUACAGUUGGUGUCAGUUGAGAAUUGGCAUGGAUGUAAUGACUGUCCACUCAUGAACUACAAGAUUCUGCGAGAUCCACCUUUCUCAGACGGGGAGAACAAUCGAAUUGUGCACACAACUGUCUUUGUUGAUGAUGACGUUGACCAUAACGUCACAUAUUCGUAUAGGAUUCAGGCUGUGCGAGGUGAGGAAAGUAGUUUGUUGACGUCAUCACUACGCCAUCGCCAUGGCCAAGCAUUCUGUGGUAACGGACAUCGCGAAAGAAGUAAUAAGGAGGAAUGUGACGAUGGGAACACGGUAGAUGGAGAUGGGUGUAGCUUGGACUGCAAAGUUGAAGAUUUCUAUGACUGCAAAGGUGAAUCCAGUAUUUGCAGUCACAUUUCAACUAAGAAUGUUUACCAUUUGACGUUCCAACAUUCCACCGAUGUCUACCUACCGGAGCCUGGCUUUGAAGAUCAAUGGGCAGAAACUGCAGUUGCCAAUCCAAUGUAUCAAAGCAAAGAAAAUCCCGUGAGUGCUCUCAUUGGACCCGCCAUUUCUUCCAAAUGCACGACGGAUGUGGAUACAAGUCACGGAUGGUACCCACUUGACCUCUAUCAGGGAAGUGGAGACUACUGGGUUAGGGUACGAUUUCACAAACCUGUCGUUGCUACUGCCGUAAUCGUGCACUUGGCGGCCGAUGGUAUUAGGCUUGAACCUACUCGGCUUUCCAUUGAGCUCAUCAGGCCUGACGGUGAAACACACAGCAAACCAUUUACUAAUCGUUCGGUGACUUGUCAGGAUAACCCAGUACAUUUUAACAUCACCCAUGACUUGAAUACCCCAUUUUCUCACACCAAGGAGGUACGGAUUCGCCUGAGCUCUUUCUCACUUGCUAUUUCGGCUGUUCGACUACGGUCUUCGGCGUCUCUAGACCCGCUAACCAUCGCAUCUUGCCUUCCUGGUCAGCUAUUCAAUCCGUCCACUGGUCAGUGUGUGUCUUAUACGUGCACCUGGCCAGAAUGUGAGGAACUGGUCAUUCCUCAUGCAGUAGUUAAUUGCAGUGGUCACAGGGAAGGGGAUCUAUGCAGAGUGAACUGUGAAGAAGGUUAUAGCACGGACAGAAUGCAGACAGACGUUGAGAUGUUGUGUUUGGAUGGGGAAUGGCGUGGUCCUGACAUGAUAUGCAAGGCCGUAGACUGUGGAGAACCGUCACUGCCAUAUGCAGAAAUCGUGUGUCCAAUGGGCACUACAUUUGGCAGGCAGUGUAAACUGAAGUGUACACCACCAGCAAAGUUACAAGGCACAGUGCAGACGCUGACAUGUAUGGCAGAUGGUCUAUACUCAUUACCCGAAGCAUUCUGUAAACUUCAGUGUGAUAUUCCAUACGUACCUAAUGCCAUGCUCAUCAGCCAGCAAUGUCAAACUGGGAGUCAUAACAUUGGAACGGUCUGCAAAUUUCGAUGUGACGUGGGCUAUCAUGCGAGUGGACAUUCCGCCAAAAGCAGACGAAAACCACAGAAGUUGAAGUAUAAAUGCACAGAAGAUGCCACUUGGACUGGACCGUCUUGUGAACCUAUUACUUGUGAUCCUCCUCCAAUGGUAUUUAACAAUCUCUACACUUGUACGGAUGGAUUCAAUUAUAACAGCGUAUGUAGUCUGAGUUGUGAUGAUGUCACCGGUGACGUGGGACACGAGGUCGUGAAUACAAUUCGAUGUAUUCAAGAUCCACACGAUCCUAGCACAGGAAAUUGGGAUGGGGAUUUCACGUUAUGCAGAUCGUUGGAAGGCUCUUGUGAACCCCCUGAACCAAACAGGAAUAAGAAUGUGGAAUUGAGGUGUGGAAAUGGAUACGAUGUGGGUUCUCUUUGUACUGCCGUCUGUCCAGUAAUCUAUGGAUCAGACAGGGAGCCAGUCCUACUCACUGCAAAUUCUUCCUCAUAUUCCCUUCCCGAUGGUGAUUGGACCAAAUCCAAUCACGUGAUAACUUGUACUGCUCAAAGGCAGUGGUUCCCUGACCCUAGAAGGAUCACAUGUGUUGAGGGAUGUGUAGAGAGUGACAUCGCUAACGGCAUAUGUCAACAGAUUAACAAUCGCGCCUAUUGUAACUGGGACGGUGGGGACUGUUGUGCAUCCACCAGUAUCAAUGGCUUUGUCAUUACAACUAAGGUCGAUAAUGAUGAAGACGACGAUUCUCUGUGUUUCGAUCCCAGUGCUCGAGAGAAUCAGCCGACAAAUGAUUCCAAUAGAAGAAAUCGAUUGUAAAUUAAUGCCCAACGUGUCAGUUUUUAUUAAUCAAAAUAACACAUGUAAUCAGUAGGGAACAAUCUUAUUCUAGUUUUAUGUUAUAAAUAAUAGCGUCUUAGACAUUUCUUUAAUCCAGUCAUCUUAUUUUAUUAUUUUUACGUAGUGGAAUGCAAGUAGCCAUGACAGAUAUGUAGUAUUUUUCCUUUUAGAACCUUUAAUAUUCAAAAUCAAUGCAAUCUUAUCUAACAUAAUAAAAAAUCAAUAUUGUCAAUUCUACAAUAUCUCAAACAGUAUUGUAAAUUAUGAAGCAUUAUUGUAACUUUAAAUCAAUUACUCUGUGAAAGUCUGUUUAAUUUCGAGGCUUGUCAAUGGUGGCGGGGAUUCUUUGAGUAAAUUAUAGGUCUUUUUGAGCGGGACCUGUUUGUGUUAUCCCGCAUUUGGGUCAGUGUUCUAUUUUAACUUUAAUUUUUCUUUAUUUAUCCUGUUUUAUGUGGGUGUUUUCGUAGCAGUUGUUAUCGUAUAUUUUCCGGCAUCACGUGAUAACUGGACACCAUCAGUGACAAACUGGAGGCUGCUGGCACUGAGUGCAUAACAAACUUACAAUGACUUCAGACAGUGGCUUGAAUAGAGUCUAACUCUUGUCAAUGGAGACUCGUUUCGAGUCGAGUCCCAGUAGUAAAUGAAUCGAUUCGGGUCACUGUGAGUCGAGUCAGGUUGUAAAUCUCUUGACUUGACGACUUAUUCUUAUGACUCAAUGCGUGUCACUUUCUUAAAUGACUUGACUCGGCGUUACAGAAUUAAAUAGGGCAUGCAUAGUUCCCAUGAAGUAAUUAAUAAAUUCACAUGGUAAUAUUGACGUCACUUUUGUAUGUUGCGGGUGUAUUAAAAGUACGCUUUAUAUUUAAUUUCAAGUUCAAAUUUCACGUGGCCUAAGUAGGCUAUUACUAUGGAGAAAAGAAAAACCGAUCUAACUAAACUGCGAUACAAUGGUAUAAUGAGUUAAAUUGCAUACUCACGUCACGUUACUAUGUAUUUUCACUACUAUGCACACGGACAUGGGCAUGAAUCCCGGGAGGUGGGGUAUACCUCUCCACACAUGUUAAGGUAGGAGGGGGGCUAGCUUUUCAGACUUCCCAACGACUAAAAAUAUCUCAAAAAGGGAAAACCAUACCCCGGGAAGCUAUAAAAAUGCCAUCCUGACGUAAGAUUCUCCAUGAAUGUAAUAUAUCAUUACAGAUGUAAAUCUAUAUCUGGAACCUUGCCCCUCUAUAUAACUGCAUGCGGUGUCAGUCCGCCCCUCCCCCGGUUUUUAUAUUUCCAUGGUCGGGCAAGUCACAAAUCCCCACCCCUCAUCCCCCAUCCCACACUACACACAGGCUAAGAAUAAGCUAUAACAAACAUGUAAUUGACAAAUAAGUAAUUCAGUUGAAAGUGUCACGCGAAAUAAAUGUUGCGCAUUAAUGUACUAUGAUUGUUUCCUUUGAACUGAAUGAAAUCGUGCUUGAGAGUAUGUAAGACGAAGUUCAAUUGAAUACAUACGGAAUUGGAACUUGGGCGUGAUUUGUUGCUCAAUACACAGGCUACAAUUUCUUUUA